AUGUCAAACACUAAAAAAUAUGAAGUUCGACUCAUAAAUAAAGGGCAAAUAAACCUAAAUCUUCAUUACGGAUCAUAUGCUCGGGAUUGGUGGAUUCAAGAUUCAAAAACUUCAAAUAAUAGCAUACUAACUCUUUCUUUUCGUCUUUAUAUGAACGUAAUAACUCAAAUAAAUGGUUAUGAUUUUUUUUUAUCUAUUGUUAAUAGGCCCUCAAAUCCCUUACAACCAGGUUUUUUGUGUUCUGUUGGAGAAAAAAUUAGGGACAUACAAGAUACUCCUUCAGCCGCUAUUAACUUACUAUAUCAAAAAGUAUUUGGAACUAAAACUGCAUAUUCG